AUGAUAGAUGGUGGUGGUGAUGAAGGUGGAGUUGGCGGUUGUGGUAGUGGUGGAGGUGAGGAUGAUGGUUGUGGAGGUCGUGGUGGUGGUAGUAGUGGCAGCAUGGUGGUGGUAGUGGUAGCAUGGUGGUGGUGGUGGUGUUGGUUGUGGAGGUGGUCGUGGAUGUGUGGAGGUUUUGGAGGAGGAGGUGGUUGUGGUGGUAGUGCUGGUGGUGGUGGAGGAGGUGGUGGUUGUCGUGGUGGUGGCGGAGGAUGA